GUCUCAGGUAAAGCAGGUAAACCAGUAUUUCUUGAAUGUUGGCCUGUAAACAGUGCUUUGCUUUGUUGUCAUUUGAAUAUGAGUAAAUAAUGCAAAUAACUGGCUUUUACCCUCUCAACCAAUGAAAAACAUACACAUUAGUGAAAAACACCGAGGACUGCCCAUAACGACAGCAGCAUUUCACACAAUAUAACAAUGUCAUGUGCAUGAGGAAAGAAGACUUUGAUCGAGCAGGAUAACUAUUUGUUGUAAACAAUGGAGAGACGAGAGCAGGAGGAGAUCGAGGUCUCCACAUCACACCAGCUAAAAGGAACCCCAGCAUUGAAGAACUUCACCAUACCCAGGAAGAAACGGACCUGUGGAGAAGUACUUUUAGAAAGAUGUCCAGAAGAGAGUCGAGAUUACAGUCUCAUACAUUCAAAAGUGAGGGAUUCCAGGCUUGACACAAGAAACGACCUAACAAACACAUGCGUUUGGAAAGAUGUUCAUUUAGUGCACAAUGACAGGCUUCUUCAAAAGUUUUCAGAAAAAAGAGCAGAGAUGCGUACCAAGGGAAGACAUGGAAGAGAAAUGGAGGAAAGAUUCUGUUUUUUGGUCACUUCAGAACAAGUGACAGAACAAAUUUAUCAGGAUGGUCUAAGGGUUGGCAGCUCUGUCCAGCACACCCUGGGAAAGGCAUCGCAUGGAGUAUAUUUGUUUAGACAUGUUGAUGUGGCAAUGAAAGCAACAACCAACACAAUAAGUGCUACAAAUCUGUUGAUUUUCAAGGUUCUAUAUGGAAAGGUGAAAAAAAUUGCACCAAGCUUGACCUGGAAGAAAAGUCAGGAUCCCACAGUAGGCUUUGACUGUCACAUGUCAAAAGAUGUUGUGUCUCCUCAAGACACUCUUUACCAGCAAAUGCUCGGCUCUUCUGUUUUUCUGUUUGACUUCAAUGAGAACCAGGAGCUCAGCGAAAGACCUCGGCAGGUUUUGCCGUAUGCUGUAGUUUCAUUUGUUCCUGACAGCAGUGCCAUUCUGACCCCACCUCCAAAUGUACCAUUCUCACCUACAACUCAUGCAGACCGUUUUCGGGCAUGUACUGUGGCUCAGAGAAGAGGAAAAGGAGACACUGCAACCAUUAUCUUCAAACAUUUUGGUACAACUCAGAUUCCAGGAGUAGAGUAUCCAUUUCAAAAUGUGCAAAACAUACAGGCACCCAACCCAAGACAUCACCGGAUUCCCAUCGGCCAAGACUCGAUGCUAAAUCACACUACUGUAUCUCAAAACCAAAAAAAUGCUCCUGGUGCAUGGGAAUCGUCCGACAAAUGUGACACAACACCAAGUCCUUCAGAUAAGGUUUCCACAAUAGUGUAUUCUUCCCGCUCAGUUAGGGAUCCUCGUCUAUCUAGACGAGAAACAAACCAAAAGAGCAAUUGCUCUGAGGCAGAAACAGCAUCUUCAGUCUUAAGAAGUUAUAUGAGGAAUAGUGCUGAAGACCCUCAAGACAAAGAAGCAAAUCCUGAAUUUAAAAUGGCUGGAACAGAGUCUGGUCCGGAGGAGCCAUCAAAAACUGAUGCACAAAAAAAUGAGGAUUGUUCCCUACAAGCCCCCUUGAACAAAUGUGUGCAGCAAAAAGCAGAAACACUGCCUUCAAUAAAGCUAUUUAAAAUGAAAUUCCAGAAAUAUGCAGAAUAUUUCAAGCUUAAUGAGGAGGAAAGGCACAAAAAAAUCUGGUCCCUUGAAAACAUGUCACCAGAGCAAAAGCAAGCAUUAAUAGAUCGUGUACAAUUCUAUGAGGUGUAUUAUCAGAGAUAUAAAAAGGGAUUGCUUUCUCAAAAAGUCUGUGAGACAGAAAAGUCCUUCAGUUCGUCUCUGGGAGAAUCCGCAGGGAAACACAUUAUGCAGUCAAAGGACAACACAUACAAACAAAAUCAGUCUGAUGUGAGCCAGACAAUAAAUGCUCCAAAUCUAUCUGAAACAUGUGUUCGAAACACUGACAACACAUACAUUAAUGAUAGCAAACAUCAACAUAAUCCUGAAAACUGUGCCGUAAUGUUACCAGAAAACAAGCAGGAUCUUCUACCAAAGACUCGUCAGGAUUGUGUGGACCAUCUCAAAGGUUGUCUGGUUCCGUCUCCACAAAAACUUUCAAAGCAAUUUUUUGAAAUUGGAUCACUAAAUCACAAAGAUGACAAUGCUGAUCUGCAAAUUGUACAAGGCAAUCUCAAGCAACCCAUAUCUUUAAGUUGUCCUUUCAGAGAAGGUAAAACUAAUCCCAAUAUAGAAAGCCAUACAGGCACAGAUAAGGAGUUUGAAAAUAAAUCUGGUCCAGAUAUUAACUCGGUUGAAAGACAUAGUCAUGAAAUAAGCAUUAUGUGUCCAGGUAAUACCACAGCCAUGGAUAUUGCAAGCUUUGUUGAAGUCUCUAGUUGUGGGAUGUCAGAAAACAGUAAUCCCAACCCUGCCAUAGCAGAAAGACAAGAGCAGAAUGAAAAAAAUGACAGCAAUUUUAAAGACCGGGAUUCUUUAUCCCGAUUUACAUUUAGCGAAGACUCUGAAAUAUCAACAGAUUGUAAUAUGGCAACAUUAGAAGAAAACAACAGUACUCUCAUGGAAUUGUACGAAAGACUUCAACUCGAUCAACUAUUGCCAAAACAAAAUUGCGAGCAGAGUUUACCUCGAAGGGCUUACCUUUCACCUAGAGUUAUGGGUGAAUCUGUGGACACCAGUUUCCAGCAGAAAAAUGAGAACACAGAUUACAGUAAAAAUAAGAGAUGCUGGGAAGAUCUCCAUCUCAUAGUGACUUUAAAGGCCAGCAAAAUGCCUGCUCAUACAGUAGUAAGACUCGCUCUCUCUGAACGAUUUUCAAAACUCAAAAGCUGUCAAAAAAGAGUGACUGCCUUGGUGAAUGGAUAUAAAGAAAUGGGAACCCAUAAUGCUGAACUAAUAAAACUACUAGCCAAAAGGUACAAUACAGCUAAAUUACACGCCAAAGACAGGAGCUUGAGAAGACCUUGUAAAAAGACAUGUUUCUUCAAACAGACCACAGUUCUAGGUCUAGGUCGCUUUCUGAGGACAAAAUACAUUAAGAAGAAGCAUUUGUGGAAAACAAAAAAACAUAUUUGCACAAAUAUGGGGUCGACACAUGAACCUGUGGAGAGCAAGAUAACAUCAGACAAUUCAUCACAUACAUCCAAGACAGUUUACCACGAAAAUAAGGAUCAGGAACCAGACCUUAACUCUGAUGAACAACAGUUACAAGUCCAGGUUAGUCAGGAGUCGAAUGCAAUUACAAAUCAAAUCCAAGAACGUUGUAGUCCAGUCACAUCUGUUAUCAACAAUGACCUCACACCAUCCCUGGGGUUCAAGAUCAUUUCUGAAACCAAAAAGGAGGAAACAAAGCCUGCAGAACCAGUUUCAUCAGGUUCAUUUUACACUGACAUGAAAAAGCCAACAGAGGAUGUUACUUUAAGCGUAAGUCCAGUAAUGGUGAAUGAAGAAGAACAUGUUAUUAAAAUUACAAACAGUUCGGCUGAAACCACAACCUCUUUAAUAACUUAUGAUAGUAACAAAGCAAAUGAGAGUACAAUCACAGAGGAGGGAAGCUUGUCACAGGAAGUGACAUCACAAACUGCAUCAGAUCCAUUAGGUACAGCAGAGCCAAACCCAGCGAAGAUGUCAGAAGAUGACAAAGUGGAAACUUCUGAGAGCUUAAGUAUAUUCAGUCAUCAAACUAACCUUCUGACUCCAGAAUCCAACGUGAUGUGUAAUAUCAAUGACAAAGUUGAGACUGAGUUAGACGUUGUUUCUGACAACACAGUGGAUAAUAUGGAAACUAGUGACAUAAAUACAAGUUUGAAAUAUGCUCUGAACUCACAGGAUAGGAGCACAGGAGAGAUGACUACAAAGGAUAACAGUCAGAAUAUCCCAAACAAAAAUAAACCAGGUCUCGCCACUAACGACACAUGCACAAACAGCAGUGCUUUGUCUACUUAUACAAAGAUUACAAGAACAAACAGUGAAGUUGAAGAGUUGAUCAAAGAGGAGGCAUCAGAUUUACAGCAUUCCGGUCAACGGGCUUGGAAAUGUACUUCAAAUAAUGUUUCAGAUCUUAUUGAUGAUGAAAAUACAUCUUCAAGCGGUCACUGUGAGAUGGCUUCAGAACACACAAAGAGCAACGACACAAACUCUCCUGGUCUUACCAUUUCAAAUACUCAACAUAUGAGCACUGCCAUGAUAAAUAAAAACUGUAAUUUCUUCACACCAGAACAAAACCAAAACUGUGAUGUUGACUCACCAGAAACGCAGCUCAUUUCUAAGUUGAGAGAUUACUUGACUAAAUUUGAGUCCACUGUGAAGAAACAAGAAACAGUAAAUGAAGGUUUGAGAGACAAACCAUUGGUGUGGAUAACUCUUGACAGUACAGCACAUAAACAGCAUUUAGCAGAGAAAAGCCAGUACAGGACCGGGAAGGAGGCUGAAAAUGAAGCUCAAGCUAGGCCUGAUGUUUAUGUACUGGUGCCUGCUGAAUCCAAGAGAGGCAGAAGAUCUUCUCAAACCAAAAGAGCCAGCAGGCAUAAAUCAAAGAGAGCAAGAUGGAGCUCGUGCCCUAGUGUGAGUCCUGACAGUACCAGUGCACUCGACACGGUCAAAGAUACAAGUCCUCAACCCCAGCUGAACAACGCGAUGGCAGCUUCCACAGACAUCUUCAUUAAUAAUGAACACAAUGCACAAAUCAUCACGCAAAGUAAUGAAUCUACAAGGCAAGUAAUAUCCAACGAAGUUCCAAUUGACCAAGACUCGGCAGACAGGGAUGGCAAAUGUGAUGCGAGCAAGAGGCGAUCUUUGGACACGGUGGAAAUCAUUGACGAUGGGAAUGUGAGCAGUUCAAUUGCCUACAGUGAUUUUAGUGUUAGCGACAUUUCAAAAACUCUUAAAAUGGCAGACCAAACAAAGUCAUUAGCUGAACUUGGAUCUCUGCAAUCUAAAUGCAAGAACAUGCUGCAGCAAUUUAUCUUAAGAUUUGAACGAGAUCAGAAAGUAUCAUUCAAGCAGUCUUUUGUUUCAAGGAAUCUCAUCGUAGAGCAAUAUUUAGACCAUCCACCUGGACAUGUUGACCUGAAGUAUGAAGCAGUCAAUUCUUACUUGGAGUUGCAGAUGAUGAUGGAAGUGUGGCAGUUUGUGGAAAAUAAAAUUAAUUUCCUAAGAGGGCAACCUACAUUUCGAAGUUUGCUUUGGUAUGAUCCGUCUCUUUACGGUGAACUCUAUAAGGGCGAGGUUGGGUUUCAGCAGCAGUCCUCGUUGUUUACAUCUUUUCAGAAGAUCUUGACCCAGGAGGGCUACAGUAAACUGCAUGAGUACUACAUCACAGUCUCCAGCCUCCAUCAGCAGUUACUCGUGGACCCUGACGCAUCUUACUACAUGUAUAUGAAAAGCAAGCGCGAGCUGCUCGAGGCAGAAGCCGCGCUUAGAAAUCCACACGAUAUCAAAAGCUUCUUUUUAUCUGUACCCAUGACCGCUAUGCUCAAUUUUGGAGACAGCUUGGAAAGUUUACAAAAUGUGCACCAAGUUAUAAUGAGUUUUGUUGAAACACCAUCAGAUCAGUUGCCAGGGACGUUUGAUGUGGGCAAAGCAGAACAUCUGUCCAUCACAUGCAGAUAUCUACAAGAAAAAGCCUUUUUCAUAAGGUCAUACAAAGAAAUCCUUACUAAAGUGUCAUGGUUUGGACUUGAGCACCUUCUUUAUGAUGCUUCUAAGAUCCUCAUAUGGCAAGACAUUGAUUAUGGGUUGUCUAAUGAAGUUCUCCAAAUGUACAAAAGUUCGAACCCUCAAAUUAUUUUUGGGGUGACAGAGUCUGGUGUCACUCUUGUAAAUAAAAAGGAGUGGCCCCGUCUGUCUACGGAUGGAGCGGAGACCUUGACGGAAAAGCAAACAGAUGCUGCUCAGAAACACAAACCCACUCAACUCAGUCAUUUACAGAGUAUAAAUUCAGGAAAGGAGGUGGCUUAUUCAAUGUCUAGAAGGAGGAAAUCUCAUCCAGCCACAAAAGCAUGUAACAUGAAUGAUAAGGGUGCCAACCAACCAUUUCAACCUACUCCUAAAGUUCCCACUGGGAACCCAACACCAUAUCAAACACAUCAUCAAAAAGACAAUUUAGUGAAUUGGGGAAUGAUGGGCAAAAACGUGUUAGACUGGAACAAACCUUCAACAUCUCAUGUACACAGUGAAAUCAAGUCUCACCUUCUGUCUAAAAGACGAGUUACUUCAUCAAAGUCUGAGCCGAGGACGUCUUUAGCAGACAUACAGAGAGUUCAGGCAGUCAGAGAACAGGAAUGGCCUUCAGUGUCGGCUCCCCAGACAACUUUACAACAAGAUUCUGGUGUUAUACGGCCAAGAUUUGAAAGUGUUAAACAUCAACAAACUGGCACUGUAUUACAUUGUCCUGUGGCCUCAAAAGAACAAGUAAACCAGUUCACUUUAGCCAUGGCACAACCUUUCAAUUUACCAAACUUUCCAAUGAAUACAAAUUUUGUAGCUCCUCCUCCUCCUCUGUCAGUGCAGACGUUUUCCAACUCCUUGACACAUGUCCCUGUGUCCAACAUGUUUCCAGCCAUUAACUACCCAUACUUUCUUCUGAAUGGACAAACGUACAGCACAGACUCGACUGCAGCCAGUCACCCGUAUACUAGAUAUAAUCCUAACACCAUUUAGACCUAAUGUACCAUCAACUAUGAUUUAAUGACUAAAUAAAUGUAUUUUUUGUGAAUCAAUUUUAUUUAUAGGUAAAUUAUUAAAACCUGAACAGAUUUUGUCUUUGUGUUUUCAUAAAUAUGUACCCAGUACUUUAAAACAAAUGUAUUGUAUAUUUUUAUAUAUAUUUACAUUUACAAGUAAACCGUUUCAUAUAUGACAACUCUUUUUUUUUUACAAAGAAUGUAUUGUUCCAUUGCUACUGUAUUGUUAAUAAAGAGUUGUAAUCAUUUUAA